AUGGGGAUACCUUCAAAAGUUAUUGUAAUCUUUUUUUUAAUUUUAACUGCAAUUUUAUCAAUUUUAACAUUAAUAUUUUCAUUUACACAAGUUACAGAUUCUACAAAUGGUGUAUAUUUGACAGGAGGUUGUGAUACAGGAGCAGUACCAUAUAGAGCGAUUUCAAAAGUGGAUGGUAAAGAGAUUGCAUAUUUUCAAUGUGGAUGGAGUUUAACAAGAUCAUUUGUUAGAAUUUUAUUACAAUUUUUAAUUGUUAUUGCAAUCAUUUUAUUAUUUGUAUUAUUUGCAAAGAAAAAGAAAGCUCAAUUUUUAAUUUUAUUAGUAAUUUUAUUAUUAUUGGGUGUAGCAGGAUUUUAUUCAUUUGGUGGAGACGCUUCAUCUUUAAGAAAUUCUUAUAAUUAUUGUGAUAAUGAUAGUACAUUAUCUAUUGUUGGUAAAGAAUGUCAAUUUGGUAGAUACUAUGGUACAUUGGCAUUUAAUAUUUUAACAACAUUUAGUGUUUGUUUUAUUUCAAUAUUCACUUUAAUAAAAAGAAAUAAAUUAUUUGAUAAUCAUGAUCAUCAUAAACAUGAACAAUUUGAUAAAGAACCAAAACCAACUCCAAAUUCUUCAACUCCAUUAUCAACAAAAGGUAAUGAAGCUUUUAGUUCAAUUUAA